GCUCCGUCGUACAAAAAUCGAAUAUGGCUGCCGUGGUGUUGAAAAAAUUCGCAGCAAUCUUGAUUCUCGGUUCUAUUUGUGCGCUAAUCGGUACGAAACAGCAGCUUUAACGCCGUAGUUUGACGCGUUACGAGUUUGUCCAUACGGGAGUGUAGAAAUCUCGAUUUGAGAAUCGCUGGGAAUCUGUGGAAAUUGCAAAUCAAUUUAGGCAAGGGACAGCCUUUUUCUCCUGGAUCUCUGCUGAUGGUGUAGUUCGGUUCGGUUCAUCCGUCAUUCGCCCCCAGUAAAGUUUGUUCGUCUCUCGACUGUCUGUUUUAUUUCUCUGUGGAAGGAAAGGAAAACGAAGUAGGAAGAUUCGCGUGGCCGUAUCCGUGUGAGGAAGAAUACACUCGCAUUGAAGGGAGACUGCAGGAAGAAAAUCCGGAUUCCUGGCUCCUACAGUUUCAGUUGAGUGGUUUGUCGAAUCAUCCCGUUUGCCGUAAAAGGGUUUCCGUCUCCGUGAGAGCUAAGCAGCAAAAAAAGGGGUGAGUCGUGGUUGAACUUCCAGAAAAGAAGCAGCAGCAGACCAAACGUCAAAAAGGGUGAUUAGAAGAGAGUCGGGAUUUUGGUUCCGUCCGAGUCGUUUUUUUUUUCUUUUCUCCGCUAUACUUUCUCGAAAAAAAAAUAGAGUAAUAGCCGCAAAAUCGUACGUGUGUAUUGUGUAUCGUUUGGAUUCAAUCUCGAUCAAGUGAUUUGCAACGGAAUUGACGGAAGUUUUGUGACACCCAUCGUGGUUCGGAAUUGAAAGGGAAGGAAGCAAGCAAAAGCAGGCCAAAAUUCGACCGCUGGUGGGUCGAAAAAAAGCACAAGAAAAUAUGCGCGAUGAACGGAAGAAAAUUCCGCUGAAGAGCAGUGUCUGAGAAGAAGAACAACAAAUUUCGAAGCAAACAACAGCCAGCAAGGAAGGAAAAAAGAUCGCCGUGAGAGAAUUCGGUGUUUGUCACACGGAGAGCGAGAAAAGAGCGAAUUAUUUUGACAGUUCGUGCGUUGCGUUGCGCUGCUUGCGAGUGCAUUUGUGUGCGUGUGCUCUCUCUGGACUGUGAUAACACAACAAACAACAACAAAAACAAAACGAUUUUCGAGAGCGACAAGAAAGUCAAAAAAAAAAAUCUGUUUAGCGAGCGGAUUGUGUGUUUCGAUUUUUUCGCGUUGUUUUUCUGGUCCUGUACGUGUGUUUUUGGAAGUGUGAAUUUGCGUGAUGUUUUUGCCAUAAGCUGCCAAUGCAGAUCGUGUUUUGGGGAGCAAGAUAAAGGAAGACCUAAUCCUUUUAUCCGCGAGUAGUAUUUCGACGAUUUACUACAACAGUAGCAGCAGCAGCAGCGAAUCCCGGUGUCCUAUCUAUAUAAAGGAAAAUCCAGUGCGCGUGUGUCCAUCCGAGUGAUAGUGCUAGUGUGCGUGCGAGUGCGUGUGUGUGCGUUCAUCCGUAGCGCAGUAUAAAACCGCGAUUCGUGUGAUCGCGACGCGAGUGAAUUUCGAUCUUAACCCGGUUACCCAGAAAAUCAGCGAAAAUUCCGAAGAAUAAGAAGAAAAGUAUGGCAGAAAAUUCUAUCAGUAACAGUCUACCAUCGUCACAGCAACAUCCAAAGACAGCAGGUCGUGGGGGAGGAGGAAGUUCAUUGCAUCAUAAUAAAUCACUAGAUAUGACGGCUGCUGGUGGUGGAAGCAGUGGCAACACAACGACAGGAUCCGCACCGUCCGGUAAGGGCGGUAGUAAGCAUGCAAAUGUCAUCCACCGAACCACAAGUGAAAGCUUACGGUUAGGCGGUGGCCCUGGAUCUGGUGGGGGAGGUAGCGGUGGAGGAGGAGGAGGAGGUGGUGGAGGAAGUGACAGUUCUAUAAGCAGCACGGUUCCACCGUCUUCACUGAUGAACUCGUCUGGUUCAACCAACAGUAUCUCGAGGGCAAUAGCUGCGGCUACGGCGGCCGGCUCCGGGAAAACGUCCUCAUUCAUGAUCACAUCGGUUACGGUGGGUGCUCGAACCAGUGCAGACAAUGGGGAUGACUCUGCCGAUGACCUUGACGAAUCCCACACGGACGAUAACAGUCGAAUAACGGAUUUCGAAAAUGAAACUCCUUCUUUUUCCGAAGAUACGUUCAGCAAAGAGGAUGUAUUCUUUGCCUCGAACGCUAUCGGAAGUGUUCCAGUCAUUCCGACUAGCUCUCAAUACGGGUUAGCUAUCGUGGCACCGUCAGAUCGUGCCCACGGUACGGAGAGUCUAGCUGAUGCGAUGCACGUUAGCGUCACAGAUGCAGGAAUCAACAUAAUGGGGCAUACCAAGGACGACGGGAAAGACCCACAUCAUAGGAAUGAACGAUUUAAGGUGGUGAAAAUCGAAAGCACGGAACCAUUUAAGCGUGGUCGUUGGGUAUGCAUGGAUUACCUGGACCAUACUACGCUACAGGCCUCUCCAAAAGAAGGAGCUGCCGGUACGGUAAAUUCCAAUGAAGGAGAAACGUCAACUGCGUCUACAGUUGUCGAUUCCAAUGCUAUCCGAACUCAGGAUAGCGGAGUGGUGCUGAAUGAUAAUUACGCAACAAAUACGGCUCCAGCUACGGUCGAUGGCGACAAUUCUGACUAUCAUACUCAUCUAGCUGCCAGCGUUCCAACUAACUCUAUCAUAGGUCUACUAAACAAUGAAUCUCCUGGUCAAAGUCUUAAUCUAACCCAACCGACUUCGAUCGGAACGCCUGGCGGUGGAGCUAUUCCUCAAUCUCAGCAAACUAGUCAUGCUCAACAUUCUGCAGUGCCGCAUAGUUUACCGCAAGCCCAACUUCAAAAUGCCCUGGCGGGUGCUGCGGGUAAUGGGUCUGUACCAGUUUCUGCUAAUCAGCCGCAAGGACAAUCCCCAUACUAUCCUCAUACAAUGUCCAAUAUGGCGGACAUAACUCAGCAGCAGCAGCAGCAACAACAACCACAGCAUCAACUUCAGCAACACCAUCAACAUGGUGUCACUCUGCCGAGCAACAUUCAAAUGCAACCACAGCAAACAAACAGUCCAGCUUCCGUGUCGUCUACCGUUCUUCCGCCGACAGGAUCAGCUUCGGCCACAUCACAGGAAAUGAACAUUGUCAUCGCCAAUUCUCAGCACCAACAACCGCAGCAAACGAGCUUCCCUUCUCCACAACAGUUCCAACAAACCUCUCAAACAAAUUCUCCAGUUGUGGCCAGUAUUGGUGAACCGAUCUCUUCGGAAUCGGCCAUUCUUUCGCCAUCUUCUUCCAUGGCUGCUACUGGCACAGUUUCUACCACCUCAGUGACUGGAGGUAACCUUGCCUCCCAGCAAUCAGAAUCAGCUGGUUCAUCUAUUCCGGCAGCUUCGUCGGAACCGCUGGUAACUCCCUCGCCAUCGGCUACAUCAUCUCCAGUAACGGCCACCGCCGUAAAUAGUGACAACAGCGGUGUUGCCCCUGUGCCGUCGUCAAUGGCUAGCUCAACGCCAUCUUCUGCAGCUGUGGCUGCUGUUAGUUCCCCAUCCAUGUCGAGCAAUUCGGCCACAGCAACUACCAGUAAUAGUAGCAGCAGUCAGCAACAUCAGCAUCAUGCCUCGAUAGCAGCUGCCGCCGCCGCCGCAGCCGAUCAUCUAUCGGAAUGUAAUCUACUAUCGGCCGUGGCUGGAAUCACCGCAGCAGCUUCCAUUGUCGCCGGCAGUGGCGGAGAGGAUGGCGAAAAAACCGGAGAGGACGGAGAAAGCUUUGGCCGGAUACAACCGGCAGCAGUGGCGACAACCGACUGGACUGCGCAGCAAGACGUUCACCCGGCUGAACCGAAUCGCGGCAGCGAGUCGAUGACCUAUCAGCAGGCUGGCAUCCGCAACACACUGCCACUGUCGUUGACCAGUAGUCUCCAGCGCGAUCUACAGCAGAAUAUACCACUAGAUCGAACUAGAUUUCCCAGUAGUGCUAGUAGUAGUAAUUCCAAACAUAGCAUCUAUACCGAAAUAGCCCUCGGUCGAUCCAUACAAAACGUUAUGCGUCCGUCGUCGAUCGGAGGCUCUCGAUUUGCCACGACUUCGUCCUCAACUAUGGAUCAUCAUCAGGAUGAUGCGCUUUGUAAAACUGCUUGCAAUUUUUUGAAAAGCGGCAACAGUCACAGUAUUGCCACUUGUACUGCUAAUCACUCGCACAAAUGUGUUCAAGAUCUAAUCAAGGAGGAACUUGGUGCUAGAUUUUUAAACCACGGCCCAGGAUCGGGAAGUUUGAGCAACGCUGGUAGCUUAGUUAACAUCCACAUCGAGUCGGAAUUGCAGCAGCAUAGCGGGCUUGGAGCUGCCGGCGGAUACCAGUCAAAUCCCGGGUCUGGUCGCACCAGCCCAUCACAUCAGAUGUUCCAUCACGGUUCGCCACCCAAGCAUUUCGGCGCAAUUGGCCACUCAAUCAGCAUACCAAAUAGUACCCGGGUUAGCCGAGCUCCAUCUCCUUCGUUCCUGCAUGCCGUCGCCGGAGAACAUCCAAGUGCAUCUGGGACAAGUGCAGUUGCAAUUGACAACAAGAUCGAGCAAGCUAUGGAUCUUGUCAAGUCCCACUUGAUGUUCGCCGUCCGCGAAGAGGUCGAAGUGCUGAAGGAAAAAAUCUCCGAGCUGAUGGAUCGCAUCAACCAGCUCGAGUACGAGAACAACAUCCUGAAAGCUAACGCCUCGCAGGAAACCCUCUCGCAGUUGACGACCAGCGGAGGCGCCAGCAACACCUCGACGGCAACGGCGGCGGCAGUGGUGGCAGCAGCGGCAGCGGCAGCAGCAGCUACGGCGGCAGCGGCAGCCUCGGCAACGGCACCUUCGUCGGCGGCCAAUCCCAGCUCGAACGGUUCCGUUUCCUAGAUGUUCCGCAACACUUCCUUAUGCUACUCGCUACUACUACUAGCUGCUUAUUACGAUAGUACUAGGAAAGACGAUAACUCGCUGCGGGGUGACAACGCUGGCAUGCGGUACACUGUAGCAUCAGGAGGAGGACCGGAAGUCGACGCUGAUGACAAAGACAACCACCAAGAUAACGAUGAUGGAAAACAAUACCGCACGCCAAGCCGGACACCCCCGAACACAUGUGAGAAGCACCCUUAAGACGAAUGCACAUUCGAAUACGUGUGUUCUGCAAUCACCUAGCAUACCAAUAAAUAGAAAAUAACAGUAUCAAGCAGAAAGGCAAGCGGAUAACACAAAAACCAAGUAACAUAUUUGCUAGAAUUGAGGUAAGAUACUUCGUUCAUUCUCAAAUUCCUAAUAAGCUAGAAGUUUUUUUUUAGAAGAGACAGAAUGUUGAAAUUGAUACCAAGUGUUAAGUGACGCCAAAAUGAGGAAAUCGCACUAAUGCUACUAGCAAAACUGUUUUUUUUUUCGGAUCAAAGGAUAUAGUAAACAAAAUCGUGGCAAUUGUAUCAAAUACAUAGCUCCUCCAUCAUAGAAAAAAUGUGUGCUACACACAACCACUCACUAGAUCGUUAUGCUAUCCUAAAAACAGUAGAACGAAGGAAAGGAUUGUUGGAAACAGUUGCAACAUUGUCCGGUGGUCUCGGUGUCCUCGGCUUUACUCUAAGGAGCCCAAACACCGCAAUGUGGCCAGUGUGAACCACAGCACUGAGAUUGAAAAUGUCUAAAAUCACUACCCUGUCGACGUAUAGGUUGGAAGAGAAUGUCAUUUCGUAUGUUAUUAUUGAAUGGAAUCUCAGCAUCGCUGCACGGAAGUCCCAUCGCGAAAGAUUGACUUCGACCGUGUUGGCAGUAUAAAUCCGACCGAAUCUCAGAUUUAUAAUGCACGCACGCUCGCUGCUUAUCUAACUCAAUACCAGUGAAAAUAUGCCGCUAUUAUUAAAUGAAUAAUAUGGAUCUCUCCUUCUGACAGUGCAGCUAAAUGCCUUCAUAUUUGUUGAUGCAAAACAUAAACAGUUGAAGUAAGUGGAAUGGUGGAAAAAGUGUUUUCAAUACUCCACACUUCAGAGGUUUUAAACUUGUGCAAGCAUUUGAAAUUUAUUGGAAAAGUUUCGCCUUCAUUGGUUGCCUUUUUGAGUUAUUUUUACCUUUAAAAUUGCACAAAGUUACCAGUUUCCCCUUUUUUUUUUAUUCAUGUCUAAAAUCAGUGGUUAUUUUUCAGCUGUGAAAAACUGUUUUACAAACAGCAACACACACUAAACUCGAAAAAGCAACUUAAAAAAAUUAAUUUUCCUUUCCUUUCAAACACUCGGAGCAAACAAAAAUCACACACGAUACAAGUUGAUAUGGAAAAAGAGAUGCUUAGUUAGAGAGGUGAAACAAAAGAGAAAGCAACCCAAAAUGUGAUUCUAUUGUACAUACAUUAUAAUAACUAAGAGACACGGAUUGUUCGAGAAUGGGUGGGUGGUUUUAUGUGACUAAAUCGGAUGGGAGAAUCAAAAGGCGAAGAAGUAAAACUUUAUUCUGUAUUUGUUUUCUGCUACUAGUAACAUUUUCUCGAUCAAAUUUAGUGUGAUCUAAAAAUUCUGGGUGAAUAUUCCGGGGUAUGAGCGCGUGUUUGCGAUUUUGCGAGGUCCCAAUAGCGUGAGUGAGGAUACCAUGCUGUAAAUAUUUCCAUAGUAAUGCAAAUGCACAGAAAGUGUGUGUGAUAAAGAAAGAGAGAGAGAGCGAGUCAGUGUGUUAGAACCCCGGGCCCCGGAGGAUUGUGCGGGUGACGAAUAAAAUCUUAAGAUGCCAACGAAAACAAACACAAUGUUAGGAGGCUGUAAAGAGAGGGAACUCAUGAUUGCUCCUAUCUUCGCGUGAAAGGCUGGGUUCUAGUCCCAGCUUGAUACUCGAUGAUGCUUGAACUAGUUCCCAUCACUGCGCAAAGCUCGGAGCAAGUAACUGGAUCACGGAUAGCCUCGUUAUGGGAAAAGAAAUAGAACAGAUAAAAACAAUCACGGAGCGCUAGUUGUUUGAAUUUGAUCUGAUGGAACUGACGAGCAGACAUAUUCAAUUCAUCCGAUGAUGAUGAAACAAAAGAAGAAUCGGAAGCAUGAAUGCUGUGAAUAGUUUGUAAGAAAAUGCGUUUUUAUACCGAGCGAACGAGAGUUGCGCGUAUUCCUAGGCUGUAAGAGGAACUGUUGAUAGGCUGUAAGGAAUAUCUUGUUUAUUUUUGUAGGAUCUUUGUUCAAUUUUCCUAGGUGAAACGCAAUUAUUUAGUCAGUCUAUUUAUUAUUUUGUAUAUUGGUUAACCAAAAAAUGAAGCAAAGCAUAGUGCAUGAGGAGAAUGAAUGAGAGAAACGAAGAAAAUAGUUUUGGAAAGUACAUCAUAUUGAAAUGAGAAUAGAUGUCGCAUACGUCGAAGGAAAUUAAUAAAUAGUUAAGACUAUCAAAGCAUUAACCGAUACUGAAAUUGCAAAAAAAAAUGAGCGAAAAUUAUUGUGUAAGUGAAAGAUACGAAGCAAACAAGAUGUUAAUAAUAUAGUCAUUAUGAAAUAUGAUAAAGAA